AUGCAGGAGGAGCUCGCUUCCCAAGCCACGCGAAGCGUCUCCGACGUCGUCAAGCGGCUGCUGAUUCCCUUGACUCCCACGAGCCCGCCGGGUCUCGUCCAGGCGAAUACAGUUGAUCCGUGGUCCAAGGCCGGCAAGUAUGCUCUCGGCUGGACCUAUUUCGCAGCAGCGCUCUCGGGCUGCGUCAUCUCCGUCCGCAUCUGGCACUUCUGGCAAGACAAGAUCCGGCAGGCCAUCUACAAACAGCAAGUAGAGACGCAUUAUCGAGACACAUACAAUGUCGACGCCAACUUCGUCCAGGCGGCCAUCCGCACCGGCACGGCCCAGGAGUUCUUCCCCGAUGGCGAUCCCAUGGGCGAAAAGUUCCGUCCGAAAGCGCACUUUUCGUCCAUCGGCUUCGUCAACGACACGUUGGCCUUGUUUCGAUGGGUCUUUUAUCGAUCGGUUCCCGACAUUGUCAUCGGCAAGCAUCGAUUUACCUUCUCCUCGCUUGCCGUUCUGGCCACGACGUUUCUCGCCCUCGCCUUUGUCACCAUAUAUACCUUCCUCCAGCAGCCGCUCUACUGGGAGAGCAUUCGCUUUGGAGCGCCCCCCGUGGCCAUCAGGGCCGGCAUGCUCUCUGUGGCAUUGACGCCCUGGAUUGUUGCGACAAGCAUGAAGGCGAACAUCCUGACGAUGCUGCUCGGCAUUGGGCCAGAGCGGCUGAACGUCUUCCACCGAUGGCUCAGCUAUCUUUCUCUGUUCCUAGCGCUGGUUCACAUGAUUCCCUUUUACGUGCAGCCCGUCUGGAAGGACGACGGCAUGUCCGUUUGGGCCUCGACCUUUCCCUCUUCAAGGGGCAUCAUCUACGGCACGGGGAUAGCCUGCAUUGUUCCCUUGAUCUGGCUCUGUGUGGCGUCGCUGCCAUGGAUCCGAAGGGUUGCCUACGAGCUGUUUGUCAUCUUUCACGUCCCCGUCGGUAUCCUCUAUGUCGGCAUGCUGUUCUGGCACACGAGCAACAAACUCCUCACCUGGGACUACCUCUACGUCACCGUGGCCAUCUGGGCAGUCUGCAACAUCAUGCGGCUCUUCAAACUCAACUGGACAUGGCCCGGGCGACUGUCCUUUAUGGUUGGCGACGAGGCUGCCAUCACAUUGAUGGCCGAGAACGCCAUCAAAGUCACCAUCCCCACGCAGAUGCGGUGGAAGCCUGGCCAAUACGUAUAUCUCCGAAUCCCCGGCAUCUCAUUAUUCGACAACCACCCUUUUACCAUCUCAUCCCUGUGCAGCGAAGACUUUCCUUCUGAAUACGGGGAAAACUACCGGGACUGCAUCCUUCUGUUCAAGGCCUACGGCGGGUUUACGCGCAAGGUCCUGGACACGGCCAUAGAGAAGGGCCCGUUUCACACGUAUCGCGCAUUUCUGGAUGGUCCAUACGGCGGCAUGAGGCGCGAUCUGGCUGCCUUUGACACGUGCAUUCUGAUUGCUGGCGGAAGUGGCAUCACGUCACUGAUAUCUCAGCUCCUCAACCUGGUCAAGCGAAUGCGCGAUGGAAAGGCCAUCACCAGAAAGGUCGUCGUCGUUUGGGCAAUGAAGAAGAUUGAGGACAUGGACUGGUUCAAAGAGGAGCUGCGCAUCUGCCGCGAAUCAGCACCGCCGGAGAGCGUGCGCUGCAGGUUCUUUGUCACGUCGGCGGUGCGGAACCGAUCAGGGCAGCAGAUGACGGCGCCCAUCAACGGAAACAGCGCGCGAGCCUUGAGCCACAAGUUCCACGAUAAGCUGGACGGCUUCGUGGCAGGCAUUGCCUCGAAGCGCAACUCGGCCCUCAUCCAUGCCGAGGCGCAGGGCGAUCCGGACCGAGAGCGCGAGCUUCGCGCCGAGAACGAGGAUCGUAUCACAGCCCUUCCGCAGCAAAAGUACCUGCAGCCUCAUCAGUACCCACCGCCUCCGCCUCGCUUUCCGUCUCGCGAGUCCACCAUGACAGCCAUGUCCGAGGAUGGCUUGGGCAGUCUCAACGAGAACGGCUACCCCGAGGAUAAGAAGAGGGAAGAUGCGCCACCACAGGAGCAUGAGCAGGAGCCUGUCCCCAUCAUGGUUCCCGAACUUGCCCAUUUGUAUAAUGCUGGUGGCAUCCCUGCUGGCGUCCAUGCUGGAGGACCUGGCGACUUUGGCCAACAGGCUGGAUUCGACUUUGGCUUCCCCCAGACCCCCACCGAGUUCCAGAAGAACCUGAUGCGCUCAGCGUUCCCCGUGCCGCUUCAGAUUGAAGACGGUUGGACCGUCACGUACGGCCGGCCCCAUCUUGGACACAUGCUCAAGGAAUGGGCCACGGGCGGGCCCGAGGGCAGAGGGAUCCUGGGCCGGCGGACGGCCGUGUUUGUCUGCGGGCCCCCGGGCAUGAGGGUGGGCGUGGCCAACACGGUGGCGAAGCUGCAGGCGGAGAUUUGGGGCGACGACGAGCUGGAGGAGAUCUUUUUGCACACGGAAAACUAUGCUCUCUAG